GCCGGCGGCGGAGAGAUGUGGGCGCCGAGCGGCCCGGGGCCCUCGGGCUGGGACCGCCGCAGGGUGGGCGCGCGGCUGCGGGCGGCACUGGCUGGGCUGCAGGAGCUUCAGGGGCUGCGCGCCACGCAGCAGGCGCGCGUGCGGGGAGCCCUAGGCCUGCACCCCGAGCCCGGGCCCCGCGGCCAGGAGCUGAGGCUGGAGGCGGCGCUGGCCGCGCUGCGGGAGCAGCUGUCACGGUUAAGGCGGCAGGAUGCUGGCUUGAAGACUCACCUGGACCAGCUGGACCAGCAGAUAAGCGAACUUCAGCUGGAUGUAAGCAGGUCAUCCUGCGAGGCCCUGGACAGUGACAGCAGGCCCAGCUCAGGCUUCUACGAGCUGAGCGAUGCCGGUUCCUGCUCCCUGUCUACCUCGUGUGCGUCUGUCUGUAGCGACCGCCUCUCCCCCUCACUGGGCAGCUGGCUGCCUGUGUUCCAGCACUCUAAGUCCAGGUCGGGCAUAGGGGACUGGCGACCCCGCUCUGCUGAUGAGACCACUGUCCCUGCGUGGAGCUCACAGCCCAGCAGAGAAGAUAGCAGGCUCCUGCAUGGUGCAGAAGACACAGGACUGCCAAGGGGCGUGUUCCGGCCCAGACCGGUGUCCACGGGCGAUCUUGAGAGAGUCCUCCCAGAUGACCUGGGGCUGCAGAGAGCUGGUACUAAUGCUGCAUCCUCAUCCCUCCUCUGCCAGGGGAUAGAGGUCUCCGCCCACGCACUGGACCCCAAGUACCAGCGUGAUCUGGUGGCCAGGGGUGGCCAGGAGGUGUACCCAUAUCCCAGCCCCCUACAUGCAGUGGCCCUGCAGAGCCCCCUCUUUGCCCUGCCUAAGGAGGCCACGCACCUUGACACCUAUCCACCGCCCCCCCAGGAGCCUUCUUUGGUCCCCGUGGAUCAGAACAAGACUCAGACUGGGCCGAUCCGUGAGCUGGGCUCGGCCGAAGCCUACAUCCACCGGCUCUUGCGUCUGCGGGGCCAAGAACCCCCUCUGAGAGAUGUGUUGCAGGAGCAGGGGAGUGACACGGCCCCUUUUCCGCGGAAGCCCUGUGGCCAGAGCUCAGACAGUGGAGGCCAGCGCGAGAAGCUGGGCUGUGGGAUGGACAGGGGAAGAAUGAAACCCAGUAGGGACGCCGCCAAGGACAGCCUCAAGCCACAGGGUCCCGUGUCCCUUGUGGAUACCGAGCCCCUCAGCAGCCCCCUAGAGGAGGAAACCACACCUUGGAGUCCCUGUGUCAGUGGAAAUAGUACCGUAGGUUCCUCUCUCUGCUCCCAGGCCCAGCGGCCCCACAAUGACUAUGACCAAAGACAAGUCCUGUCACCAACCAGGGUGCUGGGCCCUGAGAGCCCCCCUCUGGCCCCAGGACCCUUUGCUUACCCUUCCUGCACCACUGGUGAAACCUCCCCAAUGAGGCUGUCCACGGGCUCUCCUCCCCAAAGCAAAGCCAUGAAGCUCAGAGGAAGACUCAGCGACAAAGUGCCAAGGCUGGGGAAGCAGCUUCCACCACAGGCCGAGAGGCAGCGGGGCAUCCAUGCUGAGGUGCCUCCAGAGUGGGACCCCUCAUCCAGGCCCCAGCGGGGAGGACUCGGCAGGGGGCCCGCACUGGCCAGAGAGCCUUCUGGACGCUCUUGCUCUGAGUCUACCCUCUACCCUGUGCCCUUCUUCGUCCCCCUACCGGUGGCCCCGCAGGAAGGUUACCCAGCAUCCCAAGCUGUGUUCCCCAUGGAGGCAUCCGCCCUCGCCUCAGCAGCCAGGAGGAAGCAGCGCAGGUGGCAGUCUACUAUGGAGAUCUCGGCCAAAGCCCGCCUGGUCGGCCUUCCUGGGCCCAGCCUAGGGCUCCCUAGGUCCCCGGCGGGGAGAGCCUGUGGUCCCCCGGCCCAGAGCAGGCCCGCGCUUGCCCGUCAGGACGCCUGUUCGAGGAGUGAGUCAGAACCCUCGGAGCACUCGGCUGAGUGCGCCUCCCUAUUUCACUCCACCAUUGCCGAAACGAGCGAGGACGAGGAGGCCAGUGACCACACUGCUAACCGCUUCGGGGACGAGUCCAGUAGCAACGAUUCAGAAGGCUGUGUCCAGAAUGGCCGCGGCGGCCCGGGAAGAAGAGGUGCAGAGGCUGGGCAGGGGGAGCGGGCUUGGCCUCGGGUGCCCCUCCAGCAGUCUCCACGGGCCCCAGGAAGCACCAGGCCAUCCCUGCCCCCUGUGCCCAAACUGUGCCGCAUCAAGGCCUCCAAGGCCCUGAAGAAGAAGAUCCGCAGGUUCCAGCCAGCAGCCCUGAAGGUCAUGACCUUGGUGUAAAUGCCAGUGUUUCAGGACCAGCCUAGGAACCCCAGAAAGUGCAAGACCCUUCCAUAACCCGUGACGAGCGAGCAGACUGAGGGGCGGGUGCCGCAUGGUUGGCUUGCUUAGGUUUCUCACUCACCCUCCCCGUGGUUGUGAGCCCAGUCAUCUUCAUCGCAUGAUCCCUGUUGUCCGCUUUGUUCUCCUUCAUGCUCUGGCUGGUGUGUGGGGCGAGGCCUCCAGUAAGGCGUUCCUUCCCAGAGUCGUCUGAGAUGCGUCCCACCCUGUUGGGGAAACCAGAUUGGAAUUCAGCUCCCUAUUACACUCAUAUGAAUAAACACACGCACGAUGCUGGUAUAGUACCAAAUAAAAGAACAUCAUUUCCUUUCUCCUGCA